CUUAUACGAAAGCGAUGAUGACCUAGUAGAAAAACGUACUGCAAAUCUAGGCUUAUUUGACUUCCAUAAUUAAAGUAAAAAUUAAGAAAGUUCUGUAAUUAUAUAAACUACUUAUAUAAAUCCCGAAGGCUGCUCUUCUCUCCGUUCAUAUUUCAUUGCUCUCUAUACGUGAAAGAAAGAUUAUAAAAAGCUUUAUUUACUUUUUCAUCUUCAUAUAAAGCCUAGUAAGCCAUGGUUGAAAAGAGUUCUCCACAAGCAAAAACUGUCUACAUUGUUCGACAUGGUCAAGCCGAACAUAAUGUGGGCCCUGAUGAGGAUCAUCGUAUUCGGGACCCAAAUUUAACACAACUAGGACGUUCCCAAGCAGAUGAGCUACGCGAAAAACUGUCUCAGCACCCCAUCUCGUUUGAUUUAAUCGUUUGUUCACCAAUGCGUCGUACGUUGCAGACAAUGGAAAUUGGGUUGCGGGAUUCCUUACAAACUGGAAUUAUCCCAAUUGACAUUUGUCCAUUAGUAGAAGAAGCAGGAGAUUGGCCCUGUGACAUUGGACUUGAGGUGGAGGAGACUGCCCAAAAAUUUCCCAAGUAUAACUUCAAGGCUUGCCAAGAUGGCGUUUAUCCAGCUCGGGAAGGUAUCUACCGUGGCGAUUACGAAUCAAAUAUGCAACGAGCUACAAAAGCAUUGGAAUAUAUUAAAAACCUUCCUCAAAAGGAGAUUGUUGUUGUGACCCAUAGUGUUUUUAUUCGAUUUUUACUAAGGCAACAGAAACCUGAAGAAGAUCUCAAUUUUAUGCCAUCUGAAAAAGUGUUUAAGAAUUGCGAAUGCAGAAAAUAUUCUCUUGAUUUCAAAGAUGAUGAACUGCAAUUGAUUCCUGCAUAAGUCGCUAAGAGUACAUAGAUAGUUAUGGGCUAGUUAUUAUACCAGUUUAUAUAUUAAAUUGGAUUUGUU